UGUUGACGCACCAGGCACCAGAGAAUGCGAUCAGUCAGGUUGUUGCGGUGCCUCACUCAUACCUUACCGAGCCUACACAGUAGCCUGUGCCUGUGCAUGUAAUAAGUGAGUCUAUCAAGUGUUUACACCAUGGAUGAUCUUUACAAGUAUCCUAUUUUCUUCGAGUGUCCCAGUCUGGACGGAGAGCAAAGGAAGAGGAUAGAGAAAUACUUCAAUAUUCGUCGCAAAUCAGGAGGUGGAGACUGCAGCCUGAUAACGGUCAUACACGAUGGAAUUCACAGCAUUGCUUUUAGAGAGCAAGAUGCUCAGCAAAGAGUCCUGCAGAGAUCAAAGCAUGUGUUGGAGUUAGCAGGAGGUCCUCUGGUGCUGACUGUGCGAGGCAGCCCAGGAUCUGCCACCUGCUCUCCCAUCACUACCUCAACUACAAACAAGACAGUUAGCCCAAAACUGGACAUCACUCCAUCACAGCAGAAACAGCAGUCCAUUGUUUCUUCUUCAAGCCUGCCAACAAGUGGUGAAGAGUACGAACUACAACUUAAUGCUUACCUCCUUCGUUACCUAAAGGAAUGUCCAAAGGCUAGGAGAAAACUAGAAGAAGAACUCGCCUCUGUUUCCUGCUCUGCUCAGCUUUACCCAGAGGAGGAGAAGGUUUUAGUUAGCCGUUUAGCUCAACCUGGUGCUGCAGAUGAUGUUAGCAACUGGAAAGCAGAGGUAGACAAACUCUUUGAUGGCUACCUGUGCCACUAUGAGUUAGACACUCACAAGGUCAAAGCUUUGCUUCAGUCCUGCAGCUCUCCUCAGACCACAGAUAAAGUAAAGGUGUACAGCGAGGUUGGGAUGGCUGUUGUUGUUGGGGAACGUUCCCAGGUGAAUGCGAGAUUGGUGGAAGUAGGGGGCAUGCGUGUCAAACGAGGGUCAAGUUUGAGUGAGAAGCAAACCAGUGUUCGUCGACUGGGCGAGGCCAAGCUCCGUCUCCUCUGGAAAGAGAUUGAGCACAGUUUGGGACAGGAUUUUCCAGGAGUGAAGGUCACGCAGGGAGCUGCAGGUCAGUUAGUUUUGGAAGGUUCUGUAGAGGAGAUUCUUAAGGCUGGUGAAUGGAUCUCUGAUCAGGAGAGUUUGGUGUUAGAAAGGACAGUUCCUGACAUGAGCCCACAUUUUUUGGCCUUCUUGAGAAAGGCAUACGGAGGACCAGGGGUGCUAGGUGACUUUUUAGGGGUUGGUGACAAGGUGGAAAUAGAAUUACGAGACACGGAGCUGCGGUUCUUCUCCCUCUCUGCUGAUAAACUGGAUGACACAGAAAAAAAACUGCAUGAAAUAUUCAACGAAGUCAAGAUUGACAUUCCUAACUGCUCUGUUGUGCCAUCUGAGCUUCGGGAAAAGCUUAAGUCCAAGACAAAAGAGAUAAACCAAGGCCAAUACAGGGCUCAGGUCGUGUUUGGCUCAGACAGCACAGUGUGCUUACUGGGCCACACCAAAGAGGUUGAAGAGCUGAGUGAAGUUGUCAUACAGUUUAUCUUGGACGAGUCAAGCAUAGAGGGCAAAGUCAUUCUACCUUACCCAGAGUUAGUACAACUCUUACCAGAAUUGCUGCAGCUGCAUACGUUUGACUAUUCAGGGAUUACCUGCCACCCUUUAACAUCUUCCUCUGGGCCCAUGGUGGUGCUGGAGGGUCCAUCCAGCAAAGUGACUGAGGUCAGGAAUAGGCUUGGUCCAUUGCUGAACUCCCUUGCUCAGGACAAAGUCACCAUUGACCUGCCAGGGGCAGUGAGGUAUUUUGAAAGUCCUUCUGGAAAAGAGAACAUUUUAAGUGUUGCUCAUUCUCAGAAGUGUCUGGUACAGCUUCAGGAACAACCUUAUGCUACUAGACAAAUUUUGGCAUCUGGCGCACAGUUAAUAAAAGGAGGCACAACGGUUGCUAGCUACAGCCUUCGUGAUGGGUUCCAGGUGCUGGUGUGUCAUGGUGACAUCACCAAACUGGAGGCUGAUGCUCUUGUGAACGCUGCUAAUGAAGAUUUGGACCAUGGUGGAGGUGUUGCUGCUGCACUGAGUAAAGCAGGUGGCCCUCAGGUGCAGAGGGAGAGCAGAGCUAUAAUAAAGCAGACUGGAAAGAUUCCUACAGGCGAUGUGGUAGUGACCACGGGGGGGAACCUUAACUGCAAGAAACUGCUGCAUGCUGUUGGGCCUAUAGGUGGAAAAUCAGGUGGCAAAGAAAGGAUGUUGUUGGAGAAGACUGUCCAGUCUGCUCUGAAUUUAGCAGAGAUGAUGGAGUUCAGGUCCAUAGCCAUGCCUUGUAUCAGCUCAGGUGUGUUUGGUGUCCCUGUCAUUGUGUGCUCUGAGGCUAUUGUAACUGCUGUUAAGAAGUUUGGCAGUCAGGGAGAGAGAAGUCUAAGAAAAAUCAUCCUGAUUGAUAACAGGCAGGACGUGGUGAGGGCCAUGCAGGAGGCAUGUGACCGGUUUCUUCAAGGCAUGAGUACUGGAAACAGUGCACCAAGCAAUCUGGGUUCCCAGAUGGGUGCUGCUGCUCAAGACACAUCAAGAGGAGCAACUGCUGGAGCUCCUGAGUAUGGUGUCCAUGUAGCGAUCAUUCAGGGAACCAUCGAGACCCAGCAGGUGGAUAGCCUGGUAUCCCCUAUGGUUGGCCAUGAUCCUCUCUCGACUCGUGUUGGAAAUUAUUUGGCCAACAUGGUUGGACCUCAGAUGACUGCAAAGUUUCAUAAGGAAGCAGGAGGAGCAACCCUGCCUGGUGACACAGUCCUGGUGAAGGGCUUACCUGUACUUCAAUCUAAAGGAGUGUUCUUCCUCAACCUCCUCCCCUGGGAUAAUAACCAACAUGGAACUGCAGUCCAGGUUCUGAGACAGGGCAUCAGAAAAAUUCUGACUUCCUGUCAGAUCAUAGGCUAUAGUUCAGUUGCUCUCCCUGUGCUUGGGACCGGCGCAGCCCUGCGUUUUCCUCACAGCGUGGCAUCCAGGGUUGCACUGGAGGAGGUCCAAGAAUUUGAAAAGAGCCGAGUUCACACAACAUCUUUCCUGGUCCGUAUUGUCAUCCACCCCAAUGACAAAGAAUCUAGCAAGGCCUUCCAGUCUGUCCAGGAAAGUUUGCAUCUCAGAGGAUUCACUAACGAUGCUAACCCAGACCAAGCUUCCUUUUACCGCCAUGUCUCCCUAACAAAUGAUGAGGUCACAGCCAUGCUGGGUGAAGUCAAGCUUCAGAUGGUCCGUGGUGACAUCGUUCAUGAGACCACUGACGCCAUCAUCAACACAACUGACUUCAGCAGCAACCAAUCUGGUGUGUCCAAAGCCAUCUUGACUGCAGCGGGGCCCACUGUCCAAGCAGAUCUAGCACGAGUGGGCCUUCCAGCAGACCUCAUGUGCACCACAGGACCGGGGCAGCUUGGCUGCAGGGAAAUCAUUCAUGCUAGUUUUAAGAGUGACCCUCAGAUUAUCCGGAACAAUUGCAAAAAGAUACUGAAGCAGUGUGAAAGCAAAGGCUACCACUCAGCAGCCUUCCCAGCCAUCAACACUGGUAUCGGUGGCAUGGACUCUGUCAAAGCUUGUAAAGCGAUGCUGGAUGGCAUGACUUCAGCAAUCAUGGACUUGAAACCAAAUUCGCUCAAGCUCAUCCGCAUUGUCAUCAUCCAGCAACCUAUCUUCCAGGCUUUCAGAUCAGAGCUCGAGAACCGCUUUGGACAACCUGCCACUCGCCACCUCAGCCUCAGAGACAAAGCUAAACAAAAACUCAAGAAGUGGCACGACAAGCAUUCAAAAACUUCCACAGCUUCAGCACCUCAAGGCAAAACCCUCAUCUCCUCGAAGCCACCACCAGCUGUGAUUAAUCUGAUAGGUUGUGGUUCAGAUAGCAUCAGGACCUUCAAGAGAGACUUGGAGGGGAUCCUGCAGAAGCAGCUGGUAGAGAGAGAGCUGGAUGUGUGUGAUUUUUCCAGGCUUGAUGCCAUGGAGCUGGAGGCAGUGCAGGCAAAAGUCAAAGUCUUAGGAGUUAGCCUGGAGCACAGGAGACGUCAAAGUUCUGAGGGUGUGAGUGGCAGCAGAGCAGGAAACACAGCUAGAGCUGAAGCUAGAGAUUGGUCGGGGUCAGGAAGAGACGUCUAUGUGCUGAGAGGCCUGAAAGAGGACGUGUUGAGCGUCAUUGAGCUUGUAAACAAAGCAGUUCAGAAAGCACUCUGCGAAGACCUCCAAGAUAAAGAAGAAGCAAUGUUGGCUCUCAGUGUCCAGUGGUCGAUUCAGGAUGUGAAUAAAGCCUGGCACGAGCUGAGCCUUCAUGACAACUACAUCCUGGAAGAGGCUUACCAGAAGAAAGCAGUGUCCGUAGAGAUGAUGGCACCAGAUGGCAUGAUGGUGACGGUAAACCUGAGGGCACAAGAAGCCACGAACCAGCUAUCAGGCAUCACGUACAAAGUGAAGAGGAGCGAGUCUGAAUCAACCCUGGAGUUGCCAACACAAUGGGAACCAAUGCACGGAGAAGUCUUUAAAAAGGUAGAGCUGCAACCUAACUCACCCGAGUACCAGGCCGUAGCCCAGGGUUUUCUCAAAACAGCUAAAUACAACAUUCAGAAAAUUGAGCGUGUGCAAAACGUCUACCUGUGGCAUGCCUAUACUGUGUGUAGGCAGCGUAUAUAUGCCAAGAAUGGUCCAGCAGAACUUGGGGAGAAGUCUCUCUACCAUGGCACAUCAGCAGAGGCAUGCAGCUGCAUUGAAAAGGACAGAUUUGACAGGAGCUACGCAGGAGCACAUGCUGCUGCGUAUGGAAAGGGAGUUUACUUUGCAGUCAAUGCAGAGUAUUCAGCAAGAGGGUUUUCACCAGCAGACGCGUCAGGCCUGAAGCGGCUGUAUGUGGCUCGUGUCCUGACCGGCCGUUACACAGUCGGUAAAUCUUCCAUGAAAGCCACCCCACGCCGAGGCUCAGACCCCACUGACUGCUUCGACAGUUUGGUAAACAACCAGCAACAGCCCACCAUAUUUGUGAUCUUCCACGAUGACCAGGCCUACCCAGAAUACCUUAUCACCUUUAAAUAAGUAAAACUGGGAAAAAACUCAUGGUUCAACACUGUAUCAUGGCAACACAGUCACCAGAAAAAAAUGUUGUAUGUUUCUGCAAACUGCAGGUGUGUUGCAUUUGUACAUUAUGAUGAAGUAGAUAUGUUGUAACCAAGCAGCAGCCUCUGGGCCUGAAAAUAAAUCCAACAGGGGGAGUGCCAAAAACUGCAGUUCUCUGACUUGACUCUUUUGACUCGGCUCCAGAAGCCAGUCAAUCCCCAUAGACCCCGAUGUUAAAAUGCCCAGCAGACAUAAACAUGUUUACAGCCUGGUACAAAGAACUGUUUUGUUCCCUAUAGCCAAUAUGUCCCUUCGUGGCAACUGUACAGCGGGUGAAUUUGUAUAUAACCUACUUGUUAAGUUUUUAUCAGGCUUAAAGUUGCGCAUGAUUAAAGACAGGCCACUUUAGCCUUUCACCAAACACUUUCAGUAUGGUACCUUUGGAACUGAGAGUAACCCUUCAGACAUGGUACUUAGACCCUAGUGUUCCCACUGUAAACAGUACCCUUAAAUGUGGGCAGUCUGAUCCUCG